AUGUUCUGUCCUUGGAAGAGUCUUUCGGAAUGGGCCCCCUUUGAGAUCGAUGCUCUCGGGCUGCUGACUCUGUUAGGUGCGAAUGAGGUGGAUAUAUCUGUUGGUCGGCUUGCCCCCAGCUAUUGGCUUGAGUAUAUGCCCCUGCUUGCUGGAUUUGUGUUUGCAGGCGACAGAUUUCGUGCCAAACAGCCAACAUUCACAUUAUACAACGUCUCUAGCGGGAUUGUAACAGCGAAUCUGGCAGCAUGGUUUACCAGGUGGAUGCAAGCGCAAGAGUUCCAUGUCUCCCGCAGCCUAGUCUAUUGGGAAGUGAACAAGUCAUCGCCACCACGACUUGACCAGUGGUCCUACGUGCUUGUUCCGGCUUCGAUCUCAGCUACUCUCACAAUGCUUUUCGUUGCGAUGACGAUUCUGUCCGGGGAUUGGUACGGCUUUGCAAACGCAAUUGCCAUCAUCCUACUCAUUCUCGUCCGCUCUUACAUGAUACACGAGAACCGCAACGCAAUUAACAGAUCUGUUGCGGCCGCAAAGCCACUUCCAUCAACUUAUGCAAGCGCCCUAGACAAAUGGGAGGAGCAACGGAAGAGAGACCCGAACGCGCCGCGACCCCUACCGGACUCCCCCUCCUCUUCCGCCCCUCCACGGUGGCGCCCGGAGGUAGUGAAAAUCCUGGUCGUCAUGCCUGACUCGCGGGCCGUCACCAUGUUCAUUCCCGAGCAUCUUCUUCGCGGGGUCUUUGUCACCGAGACCCCCGUCCGCUCCCCCGGCGUGUAUCGCAUGGCGCAGUGGAUCGGGUGGGUAGCAUUCACUGUCCACGUCGUCACACUAGGCAUGGCCCGGCUCGCAACCCAGCUCUACGUGAUUGCGUUUACAGUGAUUCCAACCGUGUUGAUCUGCUACGGCUUCGGCUGCGACGACUCCCGUGUACAUAAAGCGUGGUGCUGGCUCCGGGGGCAGGACGUCGGGCCGUACGUCUACCAGGCCGGGCCUCAUCUGAGCGCGACAGUUUUUGAGUGGCCAGAAGACGUGGAGUUUGCCACGGACAAAAGAGGCGUCCUGCGCAGGUGGGAUGAGCUAGCGGUGCAAAACGGCGGGCCGGGUUGCAAGAAGCGAUCGACAGCGCGGCAGGAUUUAUAUGCGUGGCUGAAUCUCACCAGCGAGGAGCAGAAGAGCCUUUGGGACUGGCAUUUGCUACCUCAUACGCGCGGCGUUGAUGAUUCGUGGUGGGUUACCUUCAACGAGAAGAAGCGCCUCAUUAGCGAGCGGCCGCCGGACAUCCUGGCUCUCAAGGACUCUAUUCGACGUGACUUAGAAACGAGAAGAUCUGGGCGUUGGUCCUUUCGGGGUCAGCCACGGGGUACGGGGGAUGUUGAAAAGGGGUCCAGAUGA